AUGGACUCAACCCUGCAACCCACCUACAAUCCCCAAGCGACCCAAUCUUCCUCCCUGCAACCUUCAAAGCUCGAGUCCACCAUGGUCGCCCAGGCCCAAAAUACGAUAGAAGUGGCUUCAAAUGCCACCAGGCAGGUCCUUGCCUCGCCCUUACAAAACGCCUGCUCCCCCUCGCAACCCUUGUCCAAGGCCAUUAGCCAACACCAAAGCGUCCCUGCCGCCAACACUCAUACACUACCUCUCAAUCCAGCGCCCGCCCAGACCAAUACAUACCCUCAAAUAGAACUGGGCGGGCCGACUGCCACGGCGCCAUUUUUGCAGGACUUCAAUCUUGUCGCCGAGGCCGCGAAGCGUGCUCAGAUGGGUAUCGUGAUGCGUGAUCUAGAGAGCGUGACCCUGUGA